GGUAUCCCCAAGGCUGACCCGGGUCACUGGUGGGCCAGCUUCUUUUUCGGGAAGUCCACCCUCCCGUUCAUGGCCACGGUGCUGGAGUCUGCAGAGCACCCGGAACCCCCCCAGGCCUCCCGCAGCGUGACCACCCGUGGCCUGGCUCAGGACGCCCUGAGGAAGCAGCCUGGUGGUCAGCCCAGCACAGCCAGCGCUGGGCCGCCGUCCUGACUUGAGCGAUGACCACCAGCCCCAGACCUGCGGAGGCGCUAGGCCACCAGAGCCCCUCCCGCCCCCCAACCCCCAGGCCCCCCCGCCCACCCGUAGAUUAGGCGGCUGCAGCCAGCAGACCUCCACAUCCACACAGCAGACACCAAAAAGGAGUGAGGGCCCGGCUCUCCACCGCCCGGCCCGCCCCAGCCCUGAGCAGCUUUCCUGACACCUGGAACUGUGCACCUGGCACCAAGCGGAAAAUAAACUCCAAGCAGCCGCAUCCCCGAUGGUGUGUGCCUGAACUGUG